UUAACAACUAAUCAGAAAAAGAGAGAGAGUGAUUAAGUUGCAAAACGCCAAAGAAGAAGGGAUUACAUUUAGAUACACUCAAUACACAAUACAACAAAAAAAACUCCAAAGCUGUUAACUUUCGCUUCCUUAAUCUUUCUUCUUUCUUUCUCAUUCGUCUCCAUCAAGCAACCCUCUCUCUCAUCAACGCAGAGAGCGACGAUCGUACGCGACGAACCUUUGAGAGAUUGAGAGGGACAUCGAAAGGGACUCAGGGGGAGAUUAAUCGGAGCCAAAAGAAGGAUGCGGAAGUGGAUCUGUUGUACAUGUCAGAUUCAAGACUCCAAUGAAGAGGAACACUUGAAAACUUCUCAGCAGCAGCAAUCCGAUGCGAAUCAUAAGGUUCCAAAACCAGGAGCUGUUGUGAAGCACGAGGUGCAGAAGGAAGCUCUUCCCGUAGCGGUUCCUCCCUUGUCUUUGGAUGAGGUGAAGGGAAAGACUGAUAAUUUCGGAUCAAAGGCUCUGAUUGGUGAGGGAUCUUACGGAAGAGUGUAUUACGCGACGUUGGAUGAUGGUGUAGCGGUUGCUUUGAAGAAACUUGAUGUCGCACCUGAAGAAGCUGAAUCAGAUGCCGAGUUCUUGAGUCAGGUUUCAAUGGUUUCUAGACUGAAGCAUGAGAACCUCAUUCAGCUGCUUGGUUUCUGUGUUGAUGGCAACCUCCGUGUCCUUGCUUAUGAGUUUGCAACAAUGGGAUCAUUGCAUGACAUCUUGCAUGGUAGGAAGGGAGUUCAAGGGGCACAGCCAGGUCCAACACUUGACUGGAUAACAAGGGUGAAAAUAGCGGUUGAGGCAGCUAGGGGUUUGGAAUACCUUCAUGAGAAGUCGCAGCCUCCUGUAAUCCAUAGAGACAUAAGAUCCAGUAAUAUUCUUCUCUUUGAAGACUACAAGGCAAAGAUUGCUGAUUUCAAUCUCUCAAACCAAGCUCCUGAUAACGCUGCUCGUCUUCACUCAACAAGAGUCUUGGGAACUUUUGGUUAUCAUGCUCCAGAAUAUGCAAUGACUGGACAGUUGACACAGAAGAGUGAUGUGUACAGCUUUGGCGUUGUGCUUCUAGAACUUCUGACAGGGAGGAAACCGGUGGAUCAUACCAUGCCUCGUGGUCAACAAAGUCUUGUAACUUGGGCAACACCAAGACUCAGUGAAGAUAAAGUCAAGCAAUGCAUUGAUCCAAAGCUAAAAGCGGAUUACCCUCCUAAAGCAGUUGCUAAGCUAGCAGCCGUGGCAGCAUUGUGUGUGCAAUAUGAAUCUGAGUUUAGACCAAAUAUGAGCAUAGUUGUGAAGGCGCUGCAGCCACUCCUCAAACAUGCAGCUACAGCUCCCUCUCCAGCACCAGAAUCUUGAAACUUUUCUUUCAUUUGCAAACAUCGGAUAAUUGUAAAAGAUGAUAUUAUGUUUCAUUUGGUGGAUGAUUGAUUUUGUACACAGUUUUGCUGUGCUAUAAGAAGAGAGACUAUGUCAUGUUUAUAAGAGCUGCCAUUUUGGUGUGUGAGAGAGAUAACAAAGAUAUUUGACUAUUAA